UAUUACUCCCCUCUCCUCAGCGCCUCAGCUCCUCAGCUCCUCAGCUCCUCAGUUCCUCCGCUCCUCCUCCGCUCCUCCUCCGCUCCUCCUCCGCUCCUCCGCAUCAGUCUCGGACCUAGAAGACGGACCACCACACAGGACGAAUCUCCUGAACAGAGACACUAAUACUGGGGCUGGCACAGAGCACUGUACAGCUGAUCUUCCCAGCCUUUCAGCUGUGCUGCGGUUGGAGUCCUGACUAUGGCUGCCAUUCUUCUGAGGGCAAAGCCCAAGGUGUCAGUAUCUUUUGAGGAUGUGUCUGUGUACUUUACAAAGACAGAAUGGAAGCUUCUGGAUCUCAAACAGAGGAACCUCUACAAACAGGUGAUGCUGGAGAACUACAGCCAUUUGGUGUCAGUGGGAUUUGCUAUCUCCAAGCCUAACCUGGUAUCCCAGCUGGAACGAGGGGAGAAGCCCUGGAUUACAGAGGGCAGAAUGGGGACUGCAGCAGGAUCCUGUACUGGCAUUACAGGGAAUGGGAUAAAGAGCAAGACUUCGACUUCCAAGCCAAAACUUUUUGGAAGAGGUCUCCUUGGAGACACCUCAGGAUCCUCAUUGCAAAGGCGUCCUCACGACUUCAGGCCAAAUCCAAUGCUAAGGUAUCAGCACUCCAGAAUCGCUGAGAAGCGGUAUCUGUGUCAGCAGUGUGGAAAAUCCUUCAGCCGCAGCUUCAAUCUCAUCAAGCACCGGAUUGUCCACAGCCAUGAAAAACCUUAUGAGUGCAGCGAGUGCGGGAAGCUGUUCCGGCGUAACUGGGCACUGCUGGAGCAUCAGCGUAUCCACAGCGGCGACAAGCCCUAUGAAUGUGGAGAGUGUGGCAAGACCUUCACGCGCAGCUCCAACCUCGUCAAGCACCAGAUCAUCCACAGCAGCGAAAUGCCAUUCGUGUGCCACUUGUGCGGGAAGGUGUUCCGGCGCAACUUUGCCCUGCUUGAGCAUGCACGCAUUCACAGUGGUGAGCGGCCUUACGAGUGUGGGGAGUGUGGCAAGUCGUUCAGCCGAAGCUCCAACCUCAUCGAGCAUCAGCGCAUCCACAGCAGCCGGAAGCCCUAUGUCUGCCAGGAGUGUGGCAAGGCCCACAAGGCUAUCUCGCAGCUCAUCCACCACCGGCGCAGCCACCGCAACGACAAGCCCUUUGCCUGCCGUGAGUGCGGCAAGGCUUUCCGCGGCCACUCGGGGCUCAGCCAACACCAGCGGGUGCACAGUGGUGAGAAGCCCUACAAGUGCAGCGAAUGCGGCCGGGCCUUUGGUCGCCGGGCCAACCUCUUCAAGCACCAGGUGGUUCAUGGCGGGGUGCAGCUUGGCGGUCGAGGCAAGGAGCUCAGGCGUGGAUGCAUGCAUCUGGAGCAUCGGUGGGCGUCCCGAGGGCCGCAGCCCCAGGAGGCAGGGGAAGGCAGCUCGGCUGACCCCCAACCUGUCGACACCAAUGAGAAGCCCCAAGUGUGUGAGCGCUGCAGCCAGGUGUUUGAGAACAAGUUGCUGCUGUGUCGCCACUUGCGCAUCCACGAUGAUGAAGACGACAAGAAACAGAAGCCUUUUACAGGGAGCAUGUCAGCUUUGGAGGAGAAGUCACUGUUGAGCCAACAUCUAGAAGCCCAGCCCGAAGAGGGAAGCGACAGUGAAAACAGUGAGGUUUUCCUGUAUGAUGAAAAGGCCCAGGGUCCAUCUUCACCUUGAGGCCUAAAUACGGCAGCAACUCAGAAUGGCAGGGUGGCCCCUUCCCCCACUGUGAAACAGAAAAGCUAUUCAGAAUGACAGCGAGCACACACAUAGCCCCCACCCAGUAUAGUCUGCCCUACUCCUUUCCCUGACGGGUAGAAAAGGAAAGUUCCCUCCCUAGUCCUUAAUGAUAAAAUUGAUGCCUAGAGAUUGCACAGGAAGAUGGCUCCUCGAGGAGCCUAGACAGGGUACUUCUGUGUGUGCUUGGAUGUGUGAGUGCCUGUGUGAGUGGGGUCUCCACGUGAGCAGAUUUGUAUAAUACAGAGUUGGUCUUUCCUAUCUACAUGAGAAUUGCCUGAUGUGGUUAGGAGGGAAGCAACAGUGUCCACCAACUCUAAGUACAGUUACCUUGAAGUUUACAGAGAGAUGACCCAUGUCCUUUCCCUUGUUUAAUGUGAGGUGGUUUUCCUCCUCUUAAGAGGUUUUUUGUGUUUCCAGGUAGAAUAUACUGAACGCACUUUAUUACAUUAAAAGUUUAUAAAUUGAGGGGGUUCUAAAAUUAACCUGCAGUCCUGGAGCGCUAGCUGGACCCUAUGUGAAAACUUAGACUCUAUGUAUGUGAUCCCUGCUGCUGCUUGGAGGGUCUGUACCAAACUUGCAGAGAAGUUAAGGCCCAGAGAUCCUGUGGGUCUCCUUUUUUUGGGGGGGAAGGGAGCCCCUUUCCUCUGGUCCCCACAAAAGAAGGGUCUAGGUAAUACAUGACAGCAUUUACAACCCCAACAUCCUGCUAGCUUCAGUCUCCUCCCUUCCCACUCAGUGAAGGCCAUACUGGUCUCUUUGUGUUGCUCUUACCUGCUGCCCCAGUGCCUAAAGUUUGUCUGUUAAUCUCUUUCAGGCAACCCGUUGUGUAGUGAUGACAGGUUUUGAAUUUGCACUUAGAUGGCACCUGAAAGGAAUGUGGCCAGACAGUUCUUUCAGACAGAGGACAUUUCUUAGAAUAUUAAGGUUGCCAUUAUUUUAAUAUUCUUUUGUUUGAGGGUAACAGUUGAAAAUGGAGAUUGCUGUUGUUGUUGUUGUUGUUGUUAUUGUUGUUGUUGUUACCUUUAUAAAAAUUCCUCAGACAGAUGGUGUGGCUCAGAGGUGGAGUAUAUGCCCAACAGACCGAAGACCAUGUGUUCCAGCCUGCCCCCUGCCUCCUGCCCCCUGCCCCCAGAAAAGUUCAGACACGAGAAAGGGGCCUUCCCAGCCCGUGACUGAUUAGUGGGGUGGCAAACCUGGCCCUCCAAGUGAUGAUAUUACAUUCUUGUCUUCCCUUAAGUCUGGAUGACUUGCCAAAUGGCACUUUAUUGAGAACUAAGGAGGUGUUUUACAGGGAAACCUGUGGCAGUUCUUUUCCACCUGUGCUGUCUCCAGAAGCCUGGGAAAUCUGUCCCUUCGUAUACUCAGCUCAGCAUCCUGGUCAGCAAGCUACUUUCCAGCCCUUUCCUAUCCAAGGGCCAAGAAAGAUUUUGUCACAAAUGCUGCCUGAGGGCAGGUUAGUGAUAGAGAUAGAGAUUGCUGAGGUACCCUCCCUGCCAGGUGAGUGAGGUUCACAGAUAAUUACCUCCUGACAAGAGAGUAUGGGAAGACCUGGAAACCAUGGAUGCUUAUUAAGAUCCUGGUCACAGAAUAACUUCACACACACACACACACACACACACACACACACACACACAUGCACACACACACAUGGACAUACACUUUAUGUAUAUAAAAUAUUUUUUGUAAAGUUCUAGUUUGUAACUUUUAUCUCCAUGUCCUCUAGUAGAUCCCCAUUUUUAUGUAUUGUGAUUGCUUUUUUGUGAGCUUGCAGCCAUGUGUCCUGCUCAGCCUUGUGUCUGUACUCCAAGCCCAUUGCUGGGCACUAGUGAAAGAGCCUUGCUCUCCUGGUGGGCUGGACAAAAAAAAAAAAAAAAAAAAAAAGACAGCUACUUGGAAACUGCUCACUCAUGUGGAAAAGGGCUGUUCCCAAGAUUAAAGUAAACCAACAAGUAAUGGGUUCAAGGUCAAAAGCAAGAGUCAAGUCUGAGUAGAAAGCCUAGAGUGAUGCUAGGAUUAUUGAGCAGCGGUUGUUUCCCAUAUAGGAGGGCCUGCCCUAGUUCACAGGAUGCAGGCUUUUUACCGGGCCACAGUGUAGGGAAGGGCAGCAGUGUAGAACUACAUAGUGGUUGGCUUCAGUGGCUCCUGGAGGCAGUCAAAAGUAUCAGCCAUUUUGGUUUCCCAGUAGAAAGGAAAUACUAAGACCAGGAUCUUUUAAGUUCCUGGUGAUGUAAUUGUUCAGUCUCUGCUAGGGAUGGCACAGAUACAGGAAACUCGGCCUAAGCCUCUUGCAGAGCAGGUGCCUACAGUGAGAGGCCUUGUGCAGGCUCUGUCACGUGCUCUUGGGUGUUUAUUUCCAUGGCUCUAGGAAGUGAAUGCAUGAUACCUCUCCUCCAAGCCAGCCACCAGCUUCUAUACCCAAGGAUAAGUCCCAAGAGGAAGGAUCAUCUGUAGUCAUUUUCAGCAGAAAGUGGGGUCUACAGGUAGAGAUGUAGAGCACUCCAGAGUGGAGUGCCCUGAAAUGCUCCACAGUCCCCAGUGGCUGCCUACAUCUAUAGCAACACAUCUCUUUAUUAGUUUUCUACUUUAGUUCCUGUUCCUAGAUGUUUUCAGCAAGGCAGAUAGGAGUAGCGAGUUCUCUCAGGUAUGGUAAUCAGGUAUGUAAAAUGAACAGAACAAGUUCUCCAGGAAUAAAGUCAGAGUAACCAAAGGAACACUUAUGCUUUCCCUUAUUUUGUGCCUGAAAAUUAUGCUCCAUCCCUUGUGCUGGAUGGGGAAUGGGGCUGAUCAUUCAUUUGUGUGUAUUGAGAGGCAACUAGAUUGUAAAAGCUUAAACUAUCAAAACUGCUGUUUUCCUGUCCUACUUCCAUAUACUUUACUUUUGGACCAUUUGCCUUGUAAGACUUUGGGUGCUUUUUCAGGUGCUGUGUGAAUGUCCUGGCAAGUGUCUCCAGGAAACUGAUAGAUGGACUUCUCUGAAUUUAUCAUGAGGUAGAAUUUUUUCAACAUUUUUGUUGGUUAAAAAGAAAAGACAGUCACUUGGAAACGCCCCCCUCCCAAGUAGAGAGGGGCUGUUCCCAGGAUUAAAGUAAACAGACAGGUAGUGAAUUCAAGGUCACAAGCAAGAAUCAAUUCUGAGCUAGAAAGAGCUUAGAGUGAUGCUAGAAUUAUUAGGGAGGGGUUGUUUCUCAUGUGGGAGGGCCUGCCAUGGUCUACUCAGUACAGGCUUCUCACAGGGCCCCAUACUGCAACUCUGAGACCAGGCCUGCCUAACAGGUUCCUAAACAGAAAGCUUAUUACUCUCCUAAUAGGCACACUAUGCCUGUCUUUCUGUUUCUGUGUUUGUUUGUUGGUUUUUUUUUUUUGUUGUUGUUGUUGUUGUUUCUGCUACCAAGUUUCAGACAGCAUGGAAUCACCCACCCUCACAGCUUUCCAAACAGGAAGUAGAAUAUAGGGACUUUAGGUGUUUGUGUGUGGAGUUGCUGAAAAGUGCUUUGGUAGAGAGUGGAGAGGAUGUAGCGUAUUAGGGAAGCCCAGAUUGCACACAGGUUUCUUGAAGGCAGUUCUGCAUCAGUAACUCAGUCUAGAGUCUGAAGUACCUAGGAUGCCAUGUGUAGAAAUUCAGACCCUAGCUGGUUCCAGAUGAGAAACAAUUUUCCUAAACAUGAAGUGAAGAAAAAUUAGUAUAAAGGAGAACUGCUAUGGGGUGUGAGUUAACACCUCACCAGCCACUAUGGUCAAAGAGAUGGCCACCGUGAAGAGGUACUGUAAAAGAAGGAGUUGGGGGAUUCCACCCACUUUCCUAGGAGUCCCCAAUUGCCUUGCCAUUUUUAGCUGGCUUCAUAUUUUGUGAGUCCCAAUUCAUCUGUGAUUCCACAAAACAAUGGCUCUCUGAGACUCCUGGACACUUAUUUGUGAGGGGAGUUUCUUUGGAGGCUGUUGUUUUAAGCCUGUAUAACCCAAGCAGGCCUUUGACUCUUAAUUUUCCUGUCUCUACCUCCUACAUGCUGGAAUUACAGGUUUGAGCCACAAUGCCUGCCUUCUGCAGAUUCUUAUGGUCUUAUACUGAAAGUAAAGUCAAGUUCAAGGCCUUGCAUGUUUAUUGGGAGAACAGUACCUCCUUUGGUGUUCAGCGGAGCUAAGCCUGGUCCCUCUCCACCACCUGGGAAUGCUGAGAACAGAAAUGAAGGCCUGCUAUUCAUCUGGAGGCUCCUGAUGCAUUAAUGCCUUUUGGAAGACUGACGGGGGUAGAGUUUAUACAGCUUAAAGUGUGCAACUGUGGAUGAAUUGUGUCUAUACCCUUAAAACAAUCCCUGAUGUCAAGUCAGUGAGCACUCAGCAUCUUAGCCAAUAACUCCUUUCUGCUCCUCCCUAUCCCCUAUCCUUACAACUGCUGUUCUAUCACUAGUGAUUAACUUCUGUAUAAAUGGAUGUCCACAGUAUGUGUCUGGCCUCUCAGUGCCAGUUUUUAAAUGUUUUCAGGUGUUUGUGUGUAUAUCCACUUCAUAUUUAUCCCAUUGUAUACAUGGCCUCCAAUACUUGUUGAUGCCUGUAUAUUUACAUAAUAUAUUUACAUUAUAUUUACAUUCUUUCCAGUUUGAGACAAAUAAAGCUGCUCUGAGUAUUUG